AUGAACGUAAAGAUUGAGGUUAUUAUUUUGUUGAUUUGCUGCUAUAUUUGGGGAGCAUUAUGUGUGAACUGUACGGAGAAAGGAGCCGGCCGAUUUGCAGACCCCACAGACACAACUUGUAAACUCUACGAUUUAUGCGUUUUCAUUGCCAGUGACAGUUCUUACCAAUCAUACAACUUUACCUGUCCGGAAAAAACGUUAUUCGACCCUGCAAACGCCGUUUGUUCUAACAAAUACAAGUGCGAUUCUACUAAUGAUGACCCUCCAGCUUCCUGUAACAAAGUAGGGCGUAUAGCUGACCCUUUAGACAUUACCUGUCAGAGGUACUUUUUGUGCAUCAGAGCGUCAGAUGGGUCCAUAGUACCGUAUCCAUAUACAUGCCCACCCUUCUCUGUGUUUAAUCCUAACUCCGGAAUCUGUACAAGCUCAUCUAAUUAUCAAUGCCUUUUAUGAACAGAUACUUAUAAAUAAAAGAAUAUUGUUUAAUACGUUAUAUUGACAAAUAAAAAUCUAAUAUCUUUAUUCUAAAACUGCUAUGUACAAAAUCAAGUGUAUUUAAAUAGGACGUUUUCCCCUCUUACGGAGAAUUUUCACUUCCGGAUUUUGGAUCACAUCUUUCGGGACCUCUGCUUUUAGUAAAGAAGCUAAACGUCUUGCUUUCUGAAUAUUCCGAUCAAGUGAAAACGCAUCAUACGUGUUAUCUACAUCACUAGGUGUCGGCGUUUUCUUCGUGGCAAAGAAAUGACGAAAAUAAUUCUCUCGCACUUUAUUUAUAAAAGAGGCUGGAGGUGGUUUAUGUUUUGGUUUCUCCCCGACUGUUAUUGUUGUGGGUUCUCGCCAUGUAUUGACAAACGCAGUAUAACGUUUGUCGUUUACGGGGACAAUUUGCCGCUCGAAAUCUAAACAAUCUAUUUCUGGAUAACAUGUUACUAAGUAUGUUGUAUCAUUAAUGCGUCUUACUUGAUAAUUCUUCACAGUGUUACAUUUGUUUAUAAGCGUGUUAAAUACGUACUGAUAAAGGAGAAAGAAUUUUACUAAAUACAUUC